CAGGCGGGAAGGGCCCGAGACUGCAUCAUUCCGCACCGGCUGCUGCAGGGCCAGAGGGAGCAGGUGGAGCGCGCGAGCGAGCCUGGAGCCGGAGCGCGCUAGACCCAGGGGGAGACUGCAGUGACGCUGCCGGGAGACAUGGCGGCCCCGCGCCUCUGAAUAACCGGAUCCGGAGCCCCCCGCCGCCCCCGGCCGCCGCAGCCCAGGCCAUGCCGCACCGCUGCUGACCGCACGCAGGGGCCGGCCCAGAGGACACAUGCCGCAGCAGCUGCCGCCUCGCCCCUGAGCCUCUCGCCUACAUUCUCCAUGUUGCAUUUCGCGUCAAUUUCUCGGGCAGUGUAGCUGCCUCGGCCAGCAGAGCCGUCAGGGUAUUGCUUUGCUCAUUCACCCAGGCACACUUUUUCUUUUCCGUUUUUGCUUUCCCUCCCCAUUUGCUUCUCCCGUUCCCCGCCUGCUUUGCACCCAUCUCCCGGACCCGGUCACCCCCUCCUGUCUCCAUCCACCGGGGCUAUGGCCGCAGAAGAGGUAUUGCAGACGGUGGACCAUUAUAAGACCGAGAUAGAGAGGCUGACCAAGGAGCUCACAGAGACGACCCACGAGAAGAUCCAGGCUGCUGAGUACGGGCUGGUGGUACUGGAAGAGAAGCUGACCCUCAAACAGCAGUAUGACGAGCUGGAGGCUGAGUACGACAGCCUCAAACAGGAGCUGGAGCAGCUGAAGGAGGCAUUUGGGCAGUCCUUCUCCAUCCAUCGUAAAGUCGCUGAAGAUGGUGAGACUCGGGAGGAAACRCUUCUGCAGGAGUCUGCAUCGAAGGAAGCUUACUAUCUGGGCAAGAUCUUGGAGAUGCAGAAUGAACUGAAACAGAGCCGGGCUGUGGUCACUAAUGUCCAAGCAGAAAAUGAGAGGCUCACGGCCAUUGUGCAGGAUCUGAAGGAGAACAAUGAGAUGGUGGAGCUACAGAGAAUACGGAUGAAGGAUGAAAUUCGAGAAUAUAAGUUCCGGGAGGCCCGGCUCCUUCAGGACUACACUGAACUAGAAGAAGAGAAUAUCACUUUGCAGAAACUAGUGUCCACGUUAAAGCAGAACCAGGUGGAGUACGAGGGCCUGAAGCAUGAGAUCAAGCGGUUCGAGGAGGAGACGGUGCUGCUCAACAGCCAGCUGGAGGACGCCCUCCGCCUGAAGGAGAUCGCCGAGCACCAGCUGGAGGAGGCGCUGGAGACGCUGAAGAACGAGAGGGAGCAGAAGAACAGCCUGCGCAAGGAGCUCUCCCAGUACAUCACCCUCGGCGACAACCACAUCAGCCUCUCGGUCGACGGCCUCAAGUUCACCGAGGACGGGGGCGAGCCCAACAACGACGACAAGAUGAACGGGCACCUCCACGGGCCGCUGGUGAAACUGAACGGAGACUACCGGGCGCCCCCCCUGAGGAAGGGGGAGUCCCUGCACCCGGUCUCGGACCUGUUCAGUGAGCUGAACAUCUCCGAGAUUCAGAAGCUGAAGCAGCAGCUUAUGCAGGUAGAGCGUGAAAAGGCCAUUCUUCUGGCCAAUCUCCAGGAGUCACAGACACAGCUGGAACACACCAAGGGGGCGCUGACGGAGCAGCAUGAGCGGGUGCACCGGCUCACAGAGCACGUCAACGCCAUGAGGGGCUUGCAGAGCAGCAAGGAGCUCAAGUCUGAGCUGGAUGGGGAGAAGGGCCGGGACUCAGGGGAGGAGGCCCAUGACUAUGAGGUGGACAUCAACGGCUUAGAGAUCCUCGAAUGCAAAUACAGAGUGGCAGUAACGGAGGUGAUUGACUUGAAAGCAGAAAUUAAGGCCUUAAAGGAGAAAUAUAAUAAAUCUGUAGAAAACUAUACAGAAGAGAAGGCCAAGUAUGAGAGUAAGAUCCAAAUGUAUGAUGAGCAGGUGACAAGCCUUGAGAAGAACACCAAGGAGAGUGGCGAGAAGAUGGCCCACAUGGAGAAGGAGUUGCAAAAGAUGACCAGCAUAGCCAAUGAAAAUCACAAUACCCUUAAUACAGCGCAGGAUGAGCUAGUGACAUUUAGUGAGGAGCUAGCCCAGCUUUACCACCAUGUCUGUCUGUGUAAUAAUGAAACUCCCAACAGGGUCAUGCUGGACUACUAUAGGCAAAGCAGAGUUACCCGCAGUGGCAGCCUGAAAGGGCCUGAUGAUCCCAGGGGACUUUUGUCUCCACGAUUGGCCAGACGGGGUGUGUCGUCCCCAGUAGAAACAAGGACCUCAUCUGAACCCAUUUCAAAAGAAAACACUGAGGCCAGUAAAGAACCAAGUCCAACUAAGACCCCCACCAUCUCUCCUGUUAUUACUGCCCCACCAUCAUCUCCGGUAUUGGAUACAAGUGAUAUCCGCAAAGAGCCAAUGAAUAUCUACAACCUUAACGCCAUAAUCCGGGACCAAAUCAAGCAUCUGCAGAAAGCAGUGGACCGGUCCUUGCAACUGUCUCGUCAGAGAGCAGCGGCUCGGGAGUUGGCCCCCAUGAUUGAUAAGGACAAGGAAGCCUUAAUGGAAGAGAUCCUCAAGCUCAAGUCCCUGCUGAGCACCAAACGGGAACAGAUUGCCACGCUGAGGGCAGUGUUGAAAGCCAACAAACAGACAGCUGAGGUGGCCCUAGCUAAUCUGAAGAACAAAUAUGAGAAUGAAAAAGCAAUGGUGACAGAAACCAUGACGAAACUGAGGAAUGAACUGAAGGCUUUGAAAGAAGAUGCAGCYACCUUCUCAUCCCUGAGAGCAAUGUUUGCAACAAGAUGUGAUGAAUAUGUCACACAGUUGGAUGAGAUGCAGAGACAGUUAGCAGCCGCAGAGGAUGAGAAGAAGACUCUAAACACUUUGUUACGAAUGGCUAUCCAGCAAAAACUCGCCCUGACCCAGCGGCUGGAGGACUUAGAGUUUGACCAUGAGCAGUCCCGUCGCAGCAAAGGCAAACUUGGAAAGAGCAAGAUCGGCAGCCCUAAAAUUGUCAGCAGCCUGCUGCCUCCGUACCGCCACAGUGCUCACAACUAGCCGGGAGGCAAGACUGCCCAACUGUCAGUCCUGACGUAGCUCUCCCUGAGGAGCAGCCACAUUCCAGCUCGCCCUGCGCCCCUCUCCACUGUCUCUCCAAGCCUCCUUACCCCUAGUCUCCAGCUCCUGUGGACGAACAUCUGGGCUGAAGGUUCUGUAGCCACUCGCAGGAUACUUACUGCCCAAGCCCCAGCGGGGAUGUUCUUCCCGGUGGUUCGCUGUACAACUGGAUUAAUGUUCAUCGUUUUGGAAGAGAGAAAAUUGAGAAGAAUGACAAAAAGCACAGACCCCGGUGUGAUCAAACGUUUUAUGGUUCCUCUGAGUCGCUGAUAAACUUCUCCAAUCCAAUGGCUACAGUUCAGUUAAAUUUCAAAAAUAAAAAAAAAAAAAACAUGAAAUAUGCAUCUCAGAUGGCUGGCUUACCUCGAUAGCAUAAGAGAGACCUCAGACGAUGUAAAAUACGUAUAUUGUAAAAUCAUCUUUCCUCAUGCUCCAAAUUCAGCUAUAGAAGUUGAUUCUGAUAUUUUUCGGUCAUUGAUAUUUAUUUUGUACUUUAUUUGCUACAUGAUUUAUGUCUGUAAAAAUAAUAUCUGUGAGAGGUGAAUUUAAUGCAUUUAUUUUCAAAGAAGCAUAAUUUGCUCAGUUACAUAUGAGUUUUAAUUGAGUUUGAAAUCUGGACUUGGCCAGAUUGUGGUCGUUUUCCUUGCACAAAAUGAUAAAUGUGGUGCAUCAGAAUGUUAACAAUUACUGUAUUUUGCUGCUACACUGAUUAUUUAUGCACUUAUUUUCUAAUCUGUAGCUCAUUAACUGCUGGUUGUUUUUUUUUUUAAAGUAGAUUUCUUCACUGGACAUUAUUAAGUAAAUCUAAGAAAGAGACUAAAUUUUGUUUCAUUGACUUAUUCAAGUUUUGAUGGCAUCUUCAAUUUUUUAAAAUUGCAGUUGAGUAGAUGUAUUGGUGCUGCUUCUUUGUACGUGUGUACGUGUGUGAUGACGUUAUAGAAGGCUUAAACAACCUGAAAGGAAAAAAAAUGAUGUGUUUAUUAAAUGAGCAGAACUUUUUUUUUUUUAAACUUCUUCCAAAUUCAGGGUCCUACUAUGGGUCUUUCCUGCUAAAAGGUAUCAAGAACAAAGGAGAAAAUAUAUACAUCCAUAGAUGUAAGGUAGCUAUGGCUAGUUAAUUUACCAGAAAGUGUUCAGAUUUUGAUUAAAAUUGUAUGUUUUGUUGUUGUUAGGUUUUUUCAUAAUGAAUCUUCCUUGCCAAAAAACAAAUAGAUAAUAAACCUUAGCUCAUUGUCUACUUUUGACAAACACUCAGGUGCCUACAAUCAUUAUAUUAUAUUGAGAUAAGACAUGUUCCUAGUUCAUUUACAGAUUCUGCUAGGUAACUUUUAUGACUUGAUUUAAGGCAGUGGAUUUUCACAGCAAAAUUUAUUUUGCACAUAAUCUGACAAACAAGGAAACAGCUAAUUGAGCUGAAAGGUCUAACACUAGGGCUCCUUAAUUCUCAAGUGCUGCCCACAUAACUGCUCCUAGCCCUGAUUCCUUGUCUUUGUCAGGUAGCCUUAACUAAUUUACAACCAUAAGGGUUUCACCUUUUCAUGUAACUUCUCUUCAGAACAGACACAGUCCGGCUGUUAACGUGAAGGACAGAUAACGGUGCAGGACACUAGCAGUGGAGGUUUAGGAGCUUAUUGAGUGGAAGUGGGUGGUACAUUCAUAGAGGGGUCCAUCCAAGGCCCACCUGUCAGUCAUUAAGCACAUUGCAGGAGCCUCUGUCAGUCACUUGCCUGAUAAGUAGUGGUCAUUAUUACCAAAGCAACCAGGAGGUUUUGUGUUCCUUCUCUAAGUGCUAUUUUCAACAGUCGUUUCUUAUGCAACUUGGGAUAAAUAGUCGAAAUCUUCACCAAAAGAGAGAUUCAGGUUCAAGUACAGAAACAAACAAAACAGAUCUUCAUGAAAGCCCUAGUCACAGUCACCUAACAUGGUCCAUCCUACCCGUGUUCCCUUGCUGUUUC